UUAAAGAGACCACGCAUGUGUUGUUCCGUGCUGCAGCGACGUGAAUCCGUUCCUCUCUGACCCCAGUGAUAAUUUGCAUUCAGACUGAGGCUGCACUGGUUUUGCCAGCUGCUCAAAUAUUAUAGUAGCUUAUUGCGAGGGUCUUUAGGGCCCUGCUGGGCUAUCGAAUCGGAGACAGACAGCAGAACGGGACGAAAUCAAGUGUCUGAGUGGCAUCAGUUUUGUUUUGGCUGAUUUCACUUCACCGCAUGUCCGCCUCGGGUCUACUGCUAAUGUGCGUGAUGUAUCGUAGAGAGGAAACACAGUAAAUAGACGGACACGUCCAUCUGCAAUAAAGAGGAAACGAAGAUGGUAAUUAUGGCUUCACCAAAUUUCGCCUCCAAAUGCUCGACAGCAAUGGCGAAGCCUUCACUCCCCUUGAAGCUCCUUCUCUGGGUAUUUAUUGUCGUUAAUCUCCCUAUAAGCUCCUUUCAGACGGAUGACGAAGAUGAGGGGUCUAACAAGACGUGGGUGCUGACUCCCAAAUUGUAUGAGAGUGACGUCACAAUAAUCCUGAACGGCCUACUAGAUGGAUAUGACAACAAACUCAGACCUGACAUCGGAGUCCAACCAACAGUGAUCACAACAGACAUGUUUGUCAACAGCAUCGGCCCAGUAAAUGCCAUCAAUAUGGAAUAUACCAUCGACAUCUUUUUUGCCCAAACCUGGCAUGACAAAAGGUUAAAAUUCAACAGCACAAUGAAGGUUCUGCGUCUCAACAGUAACAUGGUUGGGAAGAUCUGGAUCCCAGACACUUUUUUUCGGAACUCGAAGAAGGCUGACGCCCACUGGAUCACCACACCCAAUCGCAUGCUUCGAAUCGCGAAUGAUGGUCGGAUACUCUACACCCUCAGGUUAACCAUCGAUGCAGAGUGCCAGCUUAAACUGAACAACUUCCCAAUGGAUGAGCACUCAUGUCCCCUGGAGUUUUCAAGCUACGGCUACCCCAGGGAGGAGAUUGUGUACAAGUGGAGAAAGGGCAGGCCAGUGGAUGUUGGGGACACUCGCUCCUGGAGGCUCUACCAGUUCUCCUUUGUGGGCUUGAGGAACACCACUGAGGUUGUGAGGACCGUCUCAGGAGACUAUGUGGUGCUGACUGUCUUCUUUGACCUCAGCAGGAGAAUGGGCUACUUUACCAUCCAGACUUACAUUCCAUGCACUCUGAUUGUUGUUCUCUCCUGGGUCUCAUUCUGGAUUAACAAGGAUGCAGUACCAGCCAGGACAUCCUUGGGCAUCACCACUGUGCUGACCAUGACCACACUGAGUACUAUUGCCAGGAAAUCCCUUCCAAAAGUUUCCUAUGUGACCGCCAUGGACCUGUUUGUGUCCGUCUGCUUCAUCUUCGUCUUUGCUGCACUUAUAGAGUACGGCACACUGCACUACUUUGUCAGCAACAGAAAGCCGAGUGCCAAAAAGGACAAGAAGAAGAAAAACCCACUCCUCCGGCUCUUUUCUUCAAAGCAGACACCCACGGUAGACAUCCGUCCACGCUCAGCCACAGCCAUUCAGAUGAACAACGCCACGCACAUGCAGGAGCGAGACGAGGAGUACGGCUACGAAUGUCUGGAUGGGAAGGACUGCACCAGCUUCUUCUGCUGUUUUGAAGACUGCCGCUCUGGAGCCUGGCGGCAUGGCAGGUUGCACAUCCGCGUUGCAAAGAUAGACUCGUAUGCACGCAUCUUCUUCCCCACUGCAUUUGGUCUCUUCAACCUGGUCUACUGGGUCUCCUAUCUUUAUCUCUAGGCCCUGGUAUGUCCAGCCUUAUCAUACAGUUCAUUAUAUUUGACAUAUGCUCAUGCCAGCAAGGGACAUUUGAAAGAGGGGACCCACUGAAAUGCCUAAUGAUUUGAUUUAAAGCCUUUUCUUUACUUUCUUCAUAAUAAUUUUUUAAAUUUUAGCCAUUGUAUCUGAUAACUUUGACAGACAUUGCAAAUGUUGUAGCAUUACAUUAUACUGGCACGAAGAGGUUUGUAAAUGUGUUGUGAAAGCGUUGAUUGUAUGCGAGAUAUAAAAAUCAUCUAAAUUUUGUUUUUUUUUCAUUAUUUUAUUUUGAAUUUUGGUUUAUUUUGAUUUCUUCUUUUUUUUGGAACCUUUAAAUUUCUUUUUCAGAGAAAAUUUAGCAACAGCUUUAUUUUUAGACAUACAAUUAGUACACAAUUAUAAUAAUUCAAAGCAUAUCAAUCACUCAACAGAGAAAUCAAAAUGACAUUUCCUGUUUCAUCAUUUCCGUUGUUUUUCCCCAUAACAUACUAAAAUAUAAAAUCUGAAGCACUUUAAUGGAGCUGUGACACUGGAAUUUAAUAACGCAAAUUUAUUUUAUAUUUAUUUAUUGUAUUAGCACAAUUGAACAUUGCAUUUUUCGUGUGUGGUCAGAGAGUGACAAUGCCAUCUAUGGACAAUGCUCAACUGUACAGACCCUGUACAUAUUUUACUAUUACAUACAGUAGUGGUUUACAUUUAUUGCAUGCACCUUUCAGGCCAAAAAUCAACGUUUUAUUGUCCUCUGUUGUUGGUUAUGGAAAAAUUAGUACUGUUGAUUAUCAGUCAGGAUUUAAUUAUACUUUUUUCUAGGAAAAUUGGGAAAUUAAAUGACAAAAAUGUGAUUUUAUGCUUUUAAUUUGAGGAAUCAUUUUUGAAUACAGGCAAAAUUAUCCACCCUGAAUUUCAGUCCAGACAACUAGCUUAAUCAUCAUAGCUUACAUUAUAGGCAACAUGGGCCUCUCACCCUCCUCUCCAUUUGCAGUUAAAAGCAUGCAUUUACAUAAUGACACACUUCUUUUGUAUUCUGAAGAGAAUAAUACUACAUCACGUUAGGUUUUCUUAUAAAAACUAAUCAUGUUUCCCCUUUACAUUAGCAGAGCAAUAACUGCAACUGCAUAACGAGAGUUUGAGAUUUUGCCUACAAAUAGAGGAACUAAUCUACAAUUAACGCCAGUACGGAAAGCUGUAGGUCAUUUUAAACUCCCUGGCAGGAGAACAUUCUGUAUCAUUUCUUCUAAAAUGAGAAACAAACAAACAAGCUGGAAAAUAUGAAUUGAUAAUAAAUACACUUGAGAGCUUCAGUUGUGUUAAUAAGGGCAUUUGCACAGAUGUACAAGUAUCUGACUUCCUGUUUCUUUGAGAAGAACAACAAAUUAACAUAGUGAGGCAAUUAAUUCACUAGUUUAGCAGGGUUUUUUUUUCUUUUUCCCUUAAAAUCUCAUUUAAAUGAUGUAAUAUUGUGAGAGGAGAGCGGAGGACACAGUGAAAGCAUAUGAACUGUAAAUGUUGUGUAUAAGAUGUAACGCACAUGGAAUACAGCCCCUUACAGAUCAAUUUUGAUAGUGACCAGUAUGCAACAAAUGGAGACACUGCUUCAGUACAAAUUGUAAACUCAUAAGGAAAGGGUGUAAAUCACAUUGCUCAUGUACAUAAAUUAUAAGUCAAAGAAAGCACAU